AUUAAGAGUCAUCAGAAGAUUGAGAAAGUUACCAGACAGGACAUUGAGAGAGUGAUUAGACAAUCCAUGGCUCCAAAAAGAUACAGCUAUUCAGAUGUAAAGAAAAUGACAGAUUCAUUCAAAACUAGACUAGGUCAAGGAGGUUAUGGCAUUGUGUACAAAGGAAGCUUACCAGACGGUCGCCUUGUGGCAGUGAAGAUCCUCAACAACAAUUUGAAAGAGAAGGGGAUGGGGGAAGAAUUUAUCAAUGAGGUUGCUAGCAUUAGUAAGACUUCCCAUGUUAAUAUAGUUUCUCUUCUUGGGUUCUGCUUUGAGGGCGAUAAACGAGCACUUAUUUAUGAGUUCAUGGCUAAUGGUUCACUUGAAAAGUUCAUAUACAAUGGAAAUACUUGGAAAGUCGGUUGCUGCCUACAAUGGAAAUAUUUGUAUGAAGUUGCAAUUGGAAUAGCCAAAGGGCUUGAAUACCUACAUGGUGGAUGCAACACUCGAAUUUUGCAUUUGGACAUCAAACCGCAUAACAUCCUUUUGGAUGAAAAUUUUCACCCUAAGAUUGCUGAUUUUGGGCUCUCUAAACUAUGCUCCAGAAAAGAAUGUAUUACAUCAAUGGAUGAUGCAAGGGGGACAAUUGGGUACAUUGCUCCUGAAGUAUACAGUAGAAGCUUUGGAAGAGUUUCACAUAAGUCGGACGUGUAUAGCUAUGGGAUGCUGAUUUUAGAAAUGGCCAGUGGAAGGACGAAUGCAAACAUUAGAAUAGAUGAUGCAAGUAAAAUAUAUUUUCCACAUUGGAUCUAUCACCGUCUCCAAUUCGAAAAUGACUUGGGACUAUAUUCUGUCAGGACCAAAGAGGAAGAUGAAAUUGCAAGAAGACUGCUAUUGGUGGGGUUGUGGUGCAUACAGACAAACCCUUCCCAUAGACCAUCUAUGAGCAAGGUUUUGCUCAUGUUGGAAGCUUGUAGUAAAGAAUUGGAAAUCCCUCCAAAGCCUUACAACAUUUCCCCUCAGAAUUCAGCGGGAAAUCCUUCUGCCACUCCUGUCUAAUUAAGUGACAAACAUAUAUUUGCAAUUGAAAGAUAUUGAAUAUGAAGUUCUGAAAUGUUCAUUAAUUUUUCUA